AUGAAGACAACUCAUGCACUGCUGUGUGCAAUGAAGACAACUAAUGUACUGCUGUGUGCAAUGAAGACAACUCAUGCACUGCUGUGUGCAAUGAAGACAACUCAUGUACUGCUGUGUGCAAUGAAGACAACUAAUGUACUGCUGUGUGCAAUGAAGACAACUCAUGUACUGCUGUGUGCAAUGAAGACAACUCAUGUACUGCUGUGUGCAAUGAAGACAACUCAUGUACUGCUGUGUGCAAUGAAGACAACUCAUGCACUGCUGUGUGCAAUGAAGACAACUCAUGCACUGCUGUGUGCAAUGAAGACAACUCAUGUACUGCUGUGUGCAAUGAAGACAACUCAUGCACUGCUGUGUGCAAUGAGAGAAAUUGGUCUGCAUAGCAGCAUUAGACAACUAAUACUGAAUGUUAAAAAUAAAAUGUAA